GCGAGGACAGAUGACAAAGGUGUUUGAAAUAUCGGGUUGUGUUUUUAAUGCAGGGCGUCACCCAAAGUGCGUAACUCUUGUUUUCUACCAAGCGAAACUUAACAGUGCUCAAGACAAGGGAAGGGCAACUUAUUUGACAGCCAUGUGAUUUUCUUUAUUCCACAGCUCUCACUCUUCAUUUAAACACAGUGAUACAGUGUUGCUUAUUUGUUUAGAACAAACUACUUCUCAACAUUCUUAGUUUGCUGCCAUGACAUCAAAAGAGGAUGCUGCUGAGUUUGUGGAUAGACACAUGGCUGAGCUCAUCCAGAGGGUCCGCAAGGUGAUGCCCAUAGCAGAUGAUCUGCUCAGAAGGGGCAUGAUCCAAUAUGAAAUGUUUGCUAAUAUUUCAACUUCCAAGACCAACCCAGGCAAGAUGAGAGAGGUGUACAAAGCAUUGCAGUCAGGAGGGACACCACUUAAAGCAGCCUUCUAUAGGAUUCUGCUGAAAAAUGAACGUCUUCUGGUCAUCGAUCUGGCUGCUGAGUUUGUGGAUAGACACAGGGCUGAGCUCAUCCAGAGGGUUCACAAGGUGAUGCCCAUAGCAGAUGAUCUGCUCAGAAGAGGCAUGAUCAAUCCUGAGGUGUACUCUAAUAUUCAAACUGCCAAUACCAGCCAGGACCAGAUGAGAGAGUUGUACAAAGCCGUACAGUCAGGAGGGCCAGAAGUUAAAUCAGCCUUCUACAGGAUUCUGCUGAAAGAGGAACCUCAUCUGGUCAUCAAUCUGGGUCCUGCAUUACCUCCUGCCUCCAAUAUAUUUCCUGGGACUGGAGUUAAACCUGCUGCACUUGCAUCAGACGAGGAAUCGGUUGGAAAGAUCACAUACAACACCAAUAACCAUCUUGGAAAAGGUGCCGAUGGAAUUGUGUUCAGGGGUUACUUCCAUUGUGAUGAUGUCAACAAGCGUCCUGCGGCAGUGAAGAGAAUUGAACUAGCAAAACAAAGCAAUGCUGAUCGAGAGGUCGCUUUGCUUCUUCAAUUGGACGACAAUCCCCAUGUCGUCCGCUACUUCUGCACUGAGAAGGACAGGCAAUUCCUAUACAUUGCCAUCGAGCUGUGUGCCGUCUCUUUAGAUAAGUGUUUUACUAAAGAAAAUCCUUUUGACCUUCGCGGACUGAACCCAGUGAUGCUGCUGCAGCAGACCAUGAUAGGACUGGAACACCUGCACUGUCACAACAUAGUCCACCGUGACGUGAAGCCCCACAACAUCCUGUUGAAAGACCAUUCUGACUCAGUCACGGUCAAGAUCUCAGACUUUGGGAUGAGUAAGCAGUUGGUGGACGGCAGACAAAGCUACAGUAUGAGGUCGGGAGCCCUUGGCACCAUGGGCUGGAAUGCCCCAGAGGUCCUGGAUGACAGCAGGAGAGUAAACCCUACCAGUGCUGUGGACAUCUUCUCUGCCGGCUGUGUGUUUUACUAUGUGUUGACAGGAGGAGAACAUCCAUUUGGAAAACCCAAUAGGCGGGCUGGUAACAUCGAGGAUGGCAAAUACAACCUCGAUGGAUUAAAGAAAGACAAACAUGAGGACAUCGUGACCACAGACCUGAUAGAACAGAUGCUGAACAUGGAGCCCCAGAGGAGGCCUUCUGCUGAGAGCGUGCUCAAACACCCCUUCUUCUGGAGCCUGGAGAAACAACUGAUGUUCUUCCAGGACGUGAGUGACAGUAUUGUAAAUGAGACAUCGGAUGGUCCAAUCAUACAGCAGCUGGAGUCAGGGGGACAGGAAGUGGUGAGGAAUAACUGGAUGGAACAAAUCACAGCAGUUCUGCAGAAAGAUCUAGAAAUACGUAAAGGAGCAUAUGAAGAGGACUCUGUUAAAAGUCUUCUACGUGCCAUAAGAAACAAGAAACACCAUUACCACGAUUCUCCUAAGGAGGUCCAGAAGACUCUGGGCUCCAUCCCUGAUGACUUUGUCCCCUACUUCACCUCCCGCUUCCCCCACCUGCUGCUGCACACCUUCCUCGCCAUGCGUUCCUUUGCUGAGGAGCUGACUUUACAACAUUAUUACCUCAAGUCCAACACGAAACUUAGACGGCAGAAGAGAACACACCCAGCCUGACGUGACGACAACCAAGCCAACAACUAAAAAAUGUGAACAUAGUGUGAAGUCAGGCGCUCCGCUGAGACGUACUCCAUCCCACACCAGCAAACCUCCAAUUUAUGUCAGUACACUGUAUUGUCAUGGUUCUUUUUACAUGAACAAUAUUGGUUUGUCUGAAGAAGAAGCAAUCACUUUCACUUGUAUGCAGAUGACACUGUUGUGUAUGCUAUUUCACCGAUGGCUGACCAGGUUCUGUCAGAGCUUUAAUCUGCCUUUAUUGUCUUGCCGAAAGCCUUUAUUAACUGAAAUUGGUACUUAAUGCAGGUAAAACCAAGUAUAUAUUAUAUUCCAAAUCACGUAAAAAAAUGUAUCUGAUGAUUUAUGCAUGUGUACAUUGGAUGGUGCCCUCAUUGAUUAUGUCCCCAACUAAUAAAUAUCUAGGCAUCUGGAUUGAUGA